AUGGCAGAAGGCCUGGCUGCUGCUGGCGCAGUGGCUUCCAUUGUUCAGCUUUUUGAUUUUGCUGCGAAGUUUUCCACCCGCCUCUACAAAUUCCUUGGAGACUCCAACGACUCGCCGAAAACAUUUCACGAGAUCCAAGUAUUGUUACCAGUUUUUCUCGAGAGAUUGCAGCACUCUCAGAUUCUUUUAGAUCAAGGGUCUUACAGCCCUCCGAUGACGGUCGCCCUCCAAUCGUUAGUUGAUGAGUACACCGCUCAUAUGCUAGAACUCGACUACAUGCUCGAGAGAUCCACUCCUCGAAAGGACAAUUCCAUAAUGACCAGAAGUCGGAAAGCUGUAUACGGAGUUAUGCAUGAGAAACAGAUCAUCGCGUUGAAAUCGAAGCUUUCGGAAUGCUACCAGACGCUUUCGCUCUGUCAACUCGAUGUUUUUGCACAUCAAAUGGACAAACUUCGUGACGACCAUUUGCUCCCAGGUUCUUCGCGUUUGAUCACUUAUUCGUCUGGAAAGGAAAAGACACAGAACCAAAUGGAAGAUGACAAAAUCGUGCGGAAGCAAAAUAAAGCAUCUCCCUAUAGUCAAAAAAUUCGCCAAUACUCAGCAAGCAUCAACCUCUCCCGUUUCUGUCUUCCCUGGGCUGUUUCGAUGUCAUUGGACCUAUCAUGGGGACCACAGCGUUACACAUUAUGUCCAUCUCUACGAUUCCAAGGGCUGGUGAAACGCACUUCUCCUGGAUUCACGGUUUUUUGGAAAUGCGACAAUCAUUACAUGGAAUUGUCAAAAGGAGUUGAGCUGUUGAAACGACUUUUUCAAGAAGGUCGUGCCUCACCCUAUGACGCUGACCCCGACGGCAAAUCUUGGGCAGAGGUAUUAUUGGAUUUUAGAGGCGUCGGUAAUUUUGAAGUACGACGGGAGUUCCUAAAGGUACUAAAUGAAUCGGGUGCGCAAAUUAAUGCCAGCCUACCGAUACGCUCUAUAGGCUACCCACAGGAGAAUUCUGUACUACCAUAUUCAGGGAAUCCUGCUACGAAUUUACACAUAGGAGAUAUAGAUGAUGCUGUAAAUUUCAUGAAAAUAUUACUUGAUAACCCGGAGAAGCGGGAAUGGGGUAGCUACCUACGAUACUAUGAUCUCUUUUAUCUGAAGUUACUGCAGAAAUGCGCCGAACAUUCUUACGGGUCCUGGAACCAAACGCCGCUUAUGGACGCCGUGUUAGCUGGAACAGCUGCUGAACUUGACACCUGCAUUAAACGUCGGAUACCUCUUGAUGCCAAAAACUCCCUCGGGCAAGCGGCAAUACAUAUGGCAGUACUCAGACCAUGCCAGCUGCUGCGCCUGAUCGAAGCCGGUGCCGAAGUCGAAAUUAAAGAUGCCAAUGGAGCAACGCCGUUGUGCCAUGCUAUUUCCUACGGCUCCGUUGAAUCUACGAAGCUUCUGCUUGAAUAUGGAACAAUCCCGCUCUCAACUGACGAAUCAGAAAAUCCUCUCAGCAUCUGUUUACACCAUGCGUUCAGUGCGGAGCACUGGGAUGUCCUCAGACUUUUCUUCUCGCAUAUACGAACGGCCUUAGAUUUCCCAGAGAAAGCUGUGGAGGGCUUGGCGAAUUCCUAUGUCGCUAAGUGGUUGGAAAAUCCUACUCGCUUCCCAUUUCCGCCGCCACCUGGCAUGAGUAUUCUGCUUCAAUUAGGUGUCAGCCCGGAUGUAAAGAGCAAUUCUGGGACUACACUUCUUCAUUGUGCUGGCACAGAGCAGGAAGUACGAGCUUUGUUCGAGGCUGGAUUCACGAAGACGAACCAACUCAAUGAUAAGGGCUAUAGUCCCCUGAUGAACGCUCUCGACUUUCGCUUUAAUGGUUGCUCACCAGGCUCAAUGCUUUUACGUCGACUUUGUGGAGAUGAUUGGCGCGGACAUCUUAUAGCAUUAGAGUGGCUGUUGAUGUUAAAAGAGUAUCAAGGCAAAGAGGCUGCGGAGGCGGCUUUGGCCGACCUAGUGCGGGCGGCAAAUUUCGCGAUGAUGGGUAUGAAACACAUAUGUUGCGGGGGAUAUGGAAAUAGCCAUGGGCCCUACUUUGACCAAAAUGAGAUCAACGAUAUUUUGGGUGAGCAGAAAGACAACAUACGCAUUCUCGAAGAAUCCAUGCUUUCCUUCGCGCGAAGACCAGACCAGCCAAUCGAAGAGAGCUGGCUUUUUGUCCUUUCUGUCCUCGACCCCUCUACUUACGGGACGAUCGCGGAACCCUGGAGCGUUGGAACAUGGGAACAUUCCUACGUGCAAACCUUUAUCCCCCAAAAGACCGCUCCAUGGAAAUCUCACGCCGAGCUCCUGAACGAUUGGACUUAUGAAAACUAUACUGGUUUCCCGUCUUACAGCUCUGUCGACGAAUCGCGCGAUGAAUUCCGCGUGGCUAUCAAACGUGUCGCGAUGAACAUACCACGCAGCAAACUGUACUCAUUGUGGGUCGAAUAUAUCUACCAAAACCAAAACGAGUUCGGCUUCCCGAUGCCCCUUGAUGAUACAUGGCUCAAAACCAGGCGAUAUUGGGCCGCUAGGCAGGCGAAGACCAUUGAAGUUGUGGUGCAAGAUAGAGAGGGUGAUCAAGGCGGCGAUUAA